AUGACUGAAACUAAGGUCGCUGUUAUCACAGGUGCUUCUUCAGGAAUUGGCUUUGCCCUAGCCAAGGCUUUAGCCGCUGACGGUUACAAGGUUAUUACUGUCUCCAGGAGAACCGCUCCUAUCGAGCCAUUAGUAGCUCAGUAUGGCGCAGAAAAGGUGAUUGCCCUCCCCGUGGACAUUUCGGAGCCGGCUAACGUGGUUUCCCUGCGCGAGAAGCUCACAGAACUACUUCCAGAUGGAAAAAUCCACCUAUUGUUCAACAACGCAGGUCAGGCAUGCACCAACUACGCUACCGACGCCCCGCACGACGAAGUCGAGAGGUGCUUCAAAAUUAACUUCUAUGCGCCCGUGAACAUUACCCGUGAAUUGGCUUCCUUCUUAAUUAAUGCCCAGGGAACAAUCGUUUUCACCGGUUCUGUCGCGGCCACCGUCCCCUUCCCUAUCACUACGAUCUACUCUGCAAGUAAGGCUGCUCUCCACCAAUACGCUAAAAUCCUGCACAUAGAAAUGCGCAUUUACGGUGUUCGUGUUAUUAACGCUGUUACAGGCGGAGUUCGCACAGACAUCGGAGACCGUCACACACUACCCGAAACCAGCAGAAUGAAUUUCCCAGAAGGUAUAGCUGCCUACGAAUACAGUAUGAACUUCUUCUCUGGCUUCAAGUUUAUGGAUCCUGAUGUAUACGCCAAGAGACUCCUCAAAGAUGUCUACUCCUCAUCUGAUCCAAUCUUUGUUUAUCGCGGUAAGCUCGCUUCUAUCUUAUCCUGGGCGGUUAGUUUAUCUCCACUCUGGCUCACAGAAUGGGCCGUUAUCAAAAAAUUCAAACUUGGGCCACUAGUCAAGCACUUUAAAAACAAGCGUAACCAAAAACCUACGGGGGUUUCAGGUGCUUCUCCAAAACAAUCCUGA